AGAGGACCACGAGCAAAACCAGGCUCAGGGUCCAGUGGCUUCUUGGCUGCAUUGAUAGUCCGCUGCAGGGUGCUGCAUACAGGCCAGUGGUGCUGCAGGCAUGCUGUCCGCCCCUGGCAUAGGGAAGGCUGCAUGGCAUCGACGACUGGCUGAAAGAGGCUUACCGCUCCGCCCUUUACUCCGCUGCUUCCAACCCCCCCAUUACCUCACCUUGCUCUUCUCCUUUUCCGCCCCUCCUGCUGACUUGGACCCUAUCUCCGUUUCUUGGGGCUUUGGAUCAGGGAAGGGCGGAGAUAGGAUUCACGCGAGGGAAAAAGAACAAGCCGAAAGAGUAGAGUAAUCCCCGCUCCGCUGCAGUGCCUUGCAUCCCCAGGUGCUCCUAGACGUAGGGCUGGCCAAGGAGAGGAGUUUUGCAGUGAAUACUCAGCUCCAGUCCGUC